CAACCAAGCAUCACCACCCUCGUCACCUCGCCAACCUCUCGAGACACGCAGCGUGUAGAGAGAAGAGGGCACCGAGAACCAACCUCAUUCCUCUCACACCACCCGCCCGCCCUUAUAGUCGCCAUGGCUGCCUCAAGCGAUGUCGGCUUCAUGAUGUCCGACGCCCCCUCGCGCGCCGGCGCCGCGACCCCCCGCCGCAACAACUUUGGAUUCCCGUCCUCAUCGUCGGCCCGGCCACGGGGCCCGCCUUCGGAGAACAUGGGCGGCGCUCCCAGCGAUGACGAGGGCGACGGCUUCGCCGACGACCAGGUGCCCCGCGGCUCCAGGAUCCCCGAUUCCGCCACCAUCUCGCGCGUUGAGGAUCGGAUUGGCAUGUUGGUCCAGGACCACUUUGAGGCCUUCAUCGAGAACUUCAUUGAAGAUCCCCUCUCGUCGGGCGCCCCCACUUCCAGCGCCGUCACCACCGACAAGUACUAUGUCGCCCAGAUCAAGGGCAUGAAGCACCUCUCGCUCUCCACCUUCUACCUCGACUACAAGCACCUCGCCUCAUGGGAGAAUGGCAGUUUGGCCGACGGUGUCAUGCGCCAGUACUACCGCUUCCUCCCCUUCCUCACCGCCGCCCUCCACAACAUGAUCGCAAAGUAUGAGCCCCAGUACUUCCGCGAGCAUCGCCAGCCUACUGCCUCCAGCAACUUGACCACCUCGGCCGCCAGCAACCUCGGCUCCGCCAGCCAGUCUCAGUCGUCGCACCGCAAGAACGAGAACCAGCAGACCGACAAGCUCUUCUCCAUCGCCUUCUAUAACCUACCCCUAGUCUCCCGGGUGCGUGCUCUGCGAGCCGCCAACAUCGGCCAGCUCCUUUCCAUCUCCGGUACCGUCACCCGAACUUCCGAGGUCCGGCCUGAGUUAUCACAGGCCACCUUUGUCUGCGAAGCCUGCCGUACCGUCAUCCCCAACGUCGAGCAGACCUUCCGAUACACCGAGCCCACACAAUGUCCCAACAACACCUGCCAGAACCGCAUGGCCUGGCAACUCGAUAUUCGCCACAGCACCUUUGUGGAUUGGCAAAAGGUUCGCAUUCAGGAGAACAGCUCUGAGAUUCCUACUGGCAGCAUGCCCCGUACCAUGGAUGUCAUUCUCCGUGGUGAGAUUGUCGACCGAGCCAAGGCCGGCGAGAAGUGCAUCUUCACCGGUGCCUUGAUUGUCGUCCCUGAUGUCAGCCAACUUGGUCUCCCUGGCCUGCGCCCAACUGCCAUGCGUGAUGAUCGCAACGCGCCCCGUGGAGCCGAUGCUGGUGGUACUGGAGUCAGCGGUCUCAAGGCCCUGGGUGUUCGAGACUUGACGUACCGCCUGGCCUUCCUCGCCUGCAUGGUCGCCCCAGAUACGACUUCCUCUGGCCAGUCUGCUGCAAGCGGUGCUGCCGAUAUUGUCAACGCCUUGACCCAGGGCAACGUCAAUGAGGGAGGCGAGUCCAUCGAGGGUGCCCAGGCUGCGGUUCUCUCCUCCAUGAACCCUUCUGAGAUUGAUGACCUCCGAGCUAUGGUCCACGGUGACCAUAUCUACUCCCGUCUCGUUCAGUCCAUCGCCCCCAUGGUGUACGGCCACGAAGUUGUCAAGAAGGGUCUUCUCCUCCAGCUCAUGUCUGGUGUCCACAAGACUACCCCUGAGGGCAUGCAGCUCCGAGGAGACAUCAACAUCUGCAUUGUUGGCGAUCCCUCAACCUCCAAGUCCCAGUUCCUCAAGUACGUGUGCUCGUUUGCGCCCCGCGCUGUAUACACCAGUGGUAAGGCCUCGUCCGCUGCUGGUCUCACUGCGGCUGUGGUCAAGGAUGAGGAGACGGGUGAGUUCACCAUCGAGGCCGGUGCUCUCAUGUUGGCAGACAACGGCAUCUGCGCCAUCGAUGAGUUCGACAAGAUGGACAUUGUCGACCAGGUCGCCAUCCACGAAGCCAUGGAACAGCAGACCAUCUCGAUCGCCAAGGCUGGUAUUCAGGCCACUCUCAACGCCAGAACCAGUAUUCUGGCUGCUGCCAACCCCGUUGCUGGCCGCUACAAUCGCAAGACCACCCUUCGGGCCAACAUCAACAUGUCCGCCCCUAUCAUGUCUCGUUUCGAUCUCUUUUUCGUCGUCCUUGACGAGUGUAACGAGCAGGUUGAUCGCCACCUUGCCGAGCACAUUGUCAGCAUCCACCAACUUCGAGACGAGGCUGUUGAGCCCGAGUUCAGUACUGAGCAACUUCAGCGGUACAUCCGGUUCGCCAAGACUUUCCGCCCAGAAUUCAGUGAAGAGGCCAAGGAAGUCCUGGUCGAGAAGUACAAGGAGCUCCGUGCUGAUGACGCCCAAGGCGGCGUGGGCAAGAACUCUUACCGUAUCACAGUGCGUCAGCUUGAGAGUAUGAUUCGUCUGUCCGAGGCCAUCGCCAAGGUCAACUGCACUGAGGACAUCAGCGCCGAAAUGGUUAUCGAAGCCUCCAACCUCCUCCGGCAAAGUAUCAUCUCCGUCGAGCACGACGAUGUUGAGAUGGAUGACGAGGAGACGCAGGAGGAUAGCGAGACACUUCUUAGAGCUGCUGAUGCCGCGGCUGGCCGCGACCAAGAGGGCGAUGCGGAGAUGGCAGAGGAAGAGCCACGCGCCGCCGAUGGCUCCGUGGCACCCGAGAAGCGCAAGCACACCAUUACAUAUGACAACUACAUCAAGAUGGUCAACAUGUUCGUCCAACGCGUCAACGAUGACGAGAGUGGCACUGGCGAGGGCGUCAACGGCGAAGUGCUCAUCAACUGGUUCCUCGAACAGAAGGAGGAUGAGCUCGACGGCGAGGAGGACUACCACCGCGAGAAGGCACUUUGCCACAUGGUGCUCAAGAAGAUGGUCAAGGAAAACAUCCUCAUGGCUCUCCGUGGCGACGGCUCCACCGAAGACGCCGGCGAGGGCAGUUCUGCCGCCGCCGCUCAGAUCGUCUAUGUGCUGCACCCCAACUGCGCGGUGGAGGAGUACUAGGCCACCAGCAUCGAGUCCUUGGUGACAAGCAAUGAUGGCAAAAAUCCUAGCCGAAGCGGCCAGUAUCUAAUGUCGGAGUUGAAACGAGAGUAAUGAACAUGUAACGGUCACGAGCUGUCUGGGACCAGGGGGGGCGGCGUUCUGGAGUCAGUGGAAAUAUCACGGGGCAUUUUGAUGUCUGUUUCUGUCAUUCGAUAGAGAUGCUCGAAGCUAUGUCGCAGAAGCGCUAGUAAAGAUGAUUGGAUGGUGGAUAGAUGUAUCUGUAGAGCCACCGGAGGUUCGAUAGGUGACGAAUAUGAUGAAUCGAUAAAGAUCCGGGAAAGCACCCAGUGCUAGCACUCGUUCACACCAUGUAGUCUAUCAGGGCAUGUCACAUCACAUAACCAAUAUCACA